ACUUGACUCACCUUACAGCGCUCGGAAACUCAAUGCCAGGGCACAAAGGCUCCGGGAGAAAAGCGCUAACUGUCGGAGCGUCCCGUCAGCCUACUGUGUGCUGACAUGGAGCCGGUCUACCGGGGUCUGGGUCGCUGUGUGUGCUGUUUCUGGCUCGCGGUAGCCUUUGACAUCGUGGGACUGCUCGUGCUUCUCAUCGGGGUGUUCGUGAACGUGUUCUUCUAUGACCUGCUCAUCUACGCGGGAGCCAUCGUGAUCUUCCUCAGCCUCAUCUGGUGGGUGUUCUGGUACUCAGGGAACAUUGAGGUUCCCCCGGCGGAGCUUGAGGAUGAUGUCGGGUUACUGAAGAAGGACAAGGGCGCUUUGAGCGGCAUCGGCGGCGCAGUGAGGCGCCUCUCCAGCCGCGUGUCCAGCGGCAUCAGGACCUCGCUCCGGAGGAACGGAGCGCCGUCUGGCACCCGCGCGGACCGCAAGCAGAGGUCAGCCGGGGCGCCAACGCUGGUGGAGCAGGUGGCCGUUGCCAUGGCAACGAUGACCCCACAGGAGGAUACCCCGCAUAGUACUGUCUCAUCAGUGGCAAGCUGUGACGUAGAAAUGCCGCACACAACAACAGAGACCUCACCUACAUAGUGUAGGCCGACAGACAAGAGAGCCUGCCCUACCGUCUUCAGCUGCCUCCACUUCAUGCUCAACUCUUCUACUGUUGGUGUGUUCAAUGAGAAAUUAUUAAUAAUAGACGAUGCAUGGUGUUCAGACCUAAAUGAAGAAAUCACUAGAAGAGUGGCAGGACAUAUGUCUACAGAGUCAACUCCAAACAAUAAACUCAAGGUUCAAGCUUCUCCAGUAUAAAUGGGUGAUGAGAACAUGCAUUACUCCAGAGUUACUGCAUCGCAUGUACCCCAAUACACCGGAUGCUUGUGUUAAAUGUGGUAUACAUAAAGGUAGCUUACCCUCAUUCAGGAUUUCUGGAAAGAGAUUAUUACAAUUGUAUCUAUUUGUAUCAACGAACAACUACCAUUAUGUCCAAAACUCUGUCUCUUUGGGUGUUUCCCAGUAAACUGUACACUUAACAGUAGCAAAAAGAAGAUGGUCAUAUUUUGUCUUCUUGAAGCUAAACAUAAAAUUGCAAUGGCUUGGAAAUCUGUUCACAGGCCGAGCAAACCAAAUUGGAUAGAGGGACUGAUACAGUGCCUUGCCCUAGAGAAACUUACAUAUGCAGUUAAAGGGAAAUAUAACAUCUUUGCAAAGAUUUGGGGCUCAUUUAUGGAGUUUCUGGAGGGGGAAGAUUUUGUUGUAACCCUAUGUUUCCUUUUUUUUGUGUUUCCCUUCCCCGUUUCUCUCUUCUCUCACUGGUCACAUUAGGGAAUGUGGGAGCAUUCUAUUUGUGGGGUAUAAUAUGUAUCUAUCUCUGCAUGUACAUAUCUGUCACCCUCUACUGUUAUUUUUAUUUUUGUUUCUGCUGAGAAACAGUCAGUAACGCCCAACAACACAUGCCAUUGAUAUCUUUAUUUGAAAUAUCUCCAAGUGCCUUUGUGUACCUUUUGAUGCGCCUUGUUCUGUCCUGUGUUUGUGUAUUGUGGAAAAGACAAUUAAAAACAUUUGUCAAAAAAAAAAUAGACGAUGAUAUUUAGAUAAUGUGUUGCUGAGUACAGCUUUAUUUCAAUGUUUUUUUCUAAUAAAUGUUAUGUUUUUAUCAGUAUAGCAGCAUCCAUUCAGUCUGUGAGAUCAAAAGACAUCAGAGAUAUUUUCACUUCAUAUUUGUGACUUAAUGUAUCUGUAUGUAUGUGAUGACUGCUUUGUGUGACGAAACUGUCUUGUUAUGAUUUUGUGUAUAUAUCUAAUGUGUUCCUAUAAAGAGCUAACAAUGCACCACUGUA